ACAUGGACAAGGCGUUGAACAAGCUGCGGAACUUGGACGCCUACCCUAAGAUCAAUGAGGACUUCUACAACCGCACGUUCUCGGGCGGCGUCAUCACCCUCGUCUCCGCCAUCGUUAUGCUCCUCCUCUUCUUCUCGGAGUUCAGAAAUUAUCUUCAUACUGUUACUGAGUCAAAGCUAGUCGUUGAUACUUCAAGAGGAGAAAAGUUGAGAAUAAAUUUUGAUGUUACAUUCCCCGACAUUCCGUGUUCAUUACUCAGUGUUGAUGCGAUGGAUAUCAGUGGAGAGCAACACCUUGAUAUAAGGCAUGACAUAGUCAAGAAAAGAAUCGAUCCUCACCAUAAUGUUAUCGAAGUCAGGCCUGAUGUGAUCGGUGCACCAAAGAUUGAGAAGCCUUUACAGAAACAUGGCGGUAGGCUUGAGCAUAAUGAAACGUAUUGUGGGACCUGUUAUGGUGCUGAAGCGUCAGACGACGAUUGUUGCAAUAAUUGUGAAGAGGUUCGUGAGGCAUACAGAAGAAAAGGUUGGGCGGUGACAAAUGUUGAUCUAAUCGACCAGUGUAAGCGAGAAGGUUUUGUCCAAAAAAUAAAAGAUGAAGCAGGUGAAGGAUGUAAUAUCCACGGAUCUCUAGAGGUUAAUAAAGUGGCUGGAAAUUUUCAUUUUGCAGCUGGGAAGAGUUUUCACUUAUCGAAUUUCAAUGUGCAAGAUUUGAUUGCUUUCCAAUCACAGAGCUACAAUAUCAGUCACAAGAUCAACAGCUUAAGUUUUGGUGAUUACUUUCCCGGUGCGGUGAAUCCUCUAGAUGGGGUGCAAUGGGCGCAUGAAACACACAAUGGCAUGUACCAGUACUUCAUCAAGGUUGUCCCCACGAUAUAUAAAGAUAUCAGAGGCCGAACAGUAAACUCAAAUCAGUAUUCUGUCACCGAGCAUUUUAGGAAUUCUGAGAUGGGUCGUCCUCAGUUACUUCCUGGAGUAUUUUUCUUCUAUGAUUUUUCUCCAAUAAAGGUUACCUUCAAAGAGGAGCACGUUCCGUUUUUGCACUUCAUAACCCACAUUUGUGCUAUAGUUGGGGGAGUAUUCACGGUUGCUGGCAUAGUUGAUUCAUUCAUCUACCAUGGGCAAAAAGCUAUCAAGAAGAGGGAAAUCGGAAAAUUCAGUUGACUUUUGCCACAUGCUCCUGUCGAACGCGUAAUCUGGUUAGGCCUCGGUGCAGAAGAUGAUGCAAAACUGUUCUAUACUAAGGCAAAGGGUUGUUAGAGUUCUAAAAUUGGUGUGACGAAUAGGAGGUUUUCAUGGCAGUUUGCACGAGAAGGAGUUUGUAACUUUGUUUUCAGUGACCUCAUCUCCAGUUAAAGCCAUUUGCAGGUUUUCCGAGGAUUUAAUCAUUAAUGGCAAAUUCUUUC